UUUUGAACGUCGAAACUCUGGUCUGGUGGCAGCUGCGAUCCAUAGAUUCGAACUCAACGUCCACUUCAGAAGCUGCGUGCAUGAUGUCGGCACACGAGAACUUCUCUCCUCAGAUUAUCCAGCGGGUAGCCAAAGAGAUCCGACAACUAGCGACCAACCCGCCGUCAGGCAUUCGAUACCUGCCACAGGACGAUGAGUCUCUUGCGGAGAUCCACGUCGAGCUCGUAGGCCCCGAAGACACUCCGUAUGCCGGCGGUUUCUUUGAGAUGAAGCUGCUUCUCACCGAAGGAUUUCCCACUGUGCCACCGAAAGGCCACUUCUUGACAAAAAUUUUCCAUCCCAACGUUGCUUCAAAUGGCGACAUUUGCGUGAACACACUCAAGCGCGAUUGGAGUGCCGACCUGGACCUAUCCCAUGUGCUGCAGGUCAUUCGAUGCCUCCUCAUCGUGCCAUUCCCCGAGAGCUCACUCAACGACGAAGCGGGCAAGUUGUUUAUGGAAUGCUACGACGAAUACGCCCAGCGGGCGCGCAUCUUGACGAGCAUUCACGCGUCCAAGACAAAGUGCAAGGACGCCGACGUCGUAGGCACAACAAAGUCGUCGUCGACACAGCAACACACGUCCCAAACCACGAACAAGCGACCACUGGCGGCAUGUGCUUCCGACAACGACGUGGCCAAGAAGAAACAGGCCGUCAAAAAGAGUUUGAAGAGGUUGUAGCGUUAACUAACUACAGUAGCCCACGUCAAUAGAGAGAAUUCAGUUUAGUCGUCAAAACCCACCACUGCAACAAUUCACCACAGUCCAUGAUGUCAAG